AUGGCUAUCUAUGGGACUGUUCAGCGACCAUCUACCCUAGCAAGCUCUGCCUUCACCGAGCCAGCCCGACCACGCCCCGGCUCUGACCGUCGUGUGCCAAGUGGGUUCAGUCUCCUACGAUCCUUCAACAUCCCGUCAAGCGCAGAGGCAGCAGCUGUGCGCAUCAUCAGAAACUUGGGCUACUUUCGGGUUCUCUACAUACUCCUGCUGUGGUCAAUACUAUUCAUGAGCCUUGUGCCGCGGCGCCGAGUCUCCCUCAUCUUCUUGGUGGCAACCACAGCAGUGUCAUGCCUCUACCUAUUAUUGUUGCAGGCAGUACCUGAUUCGGUGGUGCUGCACAAGAUCAUUGACAGACGUCUAGUCCUGGCCUUGCUAAUGAUCGUCACCAUCGUCGAGCUUGUACUUACCUGUGCAACGAUUCACCUCCUUGUGUCACUUGCCAUAGGGGUGCCAAUCAUCCUUGUACAUGCAGUUUUACGAUCGCAGGACGAUCUCUUUGUGAAUGAACAAGCUUCUGCUGCUGGUGAGUUGGUUCCCUUGGUAGAUAAGAAAGACAGUGAUCUGGAGUCCCUGGCGUAA